AUGAAGUCCAGCUCUGAUGAUGCCCAUCGAAUGAUGGACGAAAGCUCGGCCUGUUUUCACCCGAAACGAGGAAGGAGGUCUCGUCGACUGCGUCAGUCUGAACGUCGUAUUAAAGCCAAACGGCUGCAGUACAACGCGAUUCAUCCAUCCUCUUCUGGUGGGAUCGACCUACGAAUCUCUUCCUCAUGCACUUUUAUGUGA